CUCUGAGUGACGUUUUUCCACUGUUGAGCUUAUCGCUUCGGAAGCGCGGCCGCUUUUGCGGGACAAUAUAAAACUUUAUAACGAGCGCUGCAGCCACUGUUCCUAAUUUUAUGAGCGUCGGACUCAUUUACUAGUCCGUUGAACUCGUACACCGAUAAAUCUAGAAAUAUGAGCACGUUUCCACGUUUACUGGUCCUAUUCCUCUUUUUUGCAAUCAAGACAGAAGGAACUUUGUCAAAUCCAGAUGUCCUGGUAUUUACAGUCGCCACUGAAGACAACCAUGGUUUACAACGAUAUCUCCGCUCUGCUAAUGUUUAUGGGAUUAAAGUCGAAGUACUCGGCUUGGGACAGCAGUGGAAAGGGGGUGAUAUGGAAUCACCUGGCGGUGGUCAAAAAGUAUUAUUGUUAAAAGAAAAGCUAAAUUCCUUGAAAGAUACUGUCAAGAAGGAUACAAUUAUUCUGUUUACGGACAGCUACGAUGUCGUAUUCCUGACUGAUAUUAAUGAAAUAGUUGAUAGAUUUAAGAAAACAAAUAAGCGUUUGCUAUUCUCCGCGGAACCUUUCUGCUGGCCUGACCACAACUUGGCUAAACAGUAUCCUGACAUCGACUCUAGUAAUGCCUUUUUAAAUUCUGGAGGAUUUAUCGGUUACUAUGCAGAAGUGUUAGAAGUUCUUAACACGAAGGAAAUCACUAACGAGCAAGAUGAUCAAUUGUUUUACACAAAAAUUUAUUUAAACGACGAAUACCGGAACAUAUUUAACAUGGGAUUAGAUCACAAAUGCACUAUCUUCCAAAAUCUUAAUGGUGCUUUAUCGGAUGUAGAAUUAGUGGUUAACACGACGGAAGAUUGGCCCUACAUAAAAAAUACGGCUUUUAACGAGAGGCCUGUCAUUUUACACGGCAAUGGACCUUCGAAACUCAUGUUGAACCAAUUCUCCAACUAUCUGGCGAAGGCUUGGUCGAUCAAAGAAGGGUGUGUGCUGUGUAAUGAAAAGAAGAUCGCGUUGAAGGAGGAUGCAUUACCUGUAGUGAUGGUUUCCGUGUUCAUCGAACAAGCUACACCGUUCCUGGAAGAAUUCCUGAACCAAAUAUAUGAAAUAGACUAUCCAAAGGAAAAAAUUCACCUGUUUCUUCAUAACACUGUUGAGUUCCACGAGCCUGACGUUGAAAAGUUUUUCCAACAGUACAGCAAAGAGUACAUCACCGCUAAGAGGAUUACUGUAAACGAUUUCAUUCCUGAGGCUGAAGCUAGAAAUAUUGCCAAGGAUCGUUGCGUGAACAGCGUAUGCGACUAUCAACUCUCUAUCGAUAGUGUGGCUCGCGUGGAAAAGUCUACUCUACGUUACUUGCUGUCCACCGGAUAUGACAUCGUAGCUCCACUGUUGGUGAGGCCUGGCCAGGCUUGGUCUAACUUCUGGGGAGCCAUCAACUCAGCCGGUUUCUAUGCACGCUCCACUGACUAUAUGGACAUCAUUAACAGAAAGAUUGUUGGCAUAUGGAAUGUUCCGUUCAUAACAAAUUGCUACUUGAUGAAUAUCUCGUUGUUCCGAUCCAAGUCUGACCAGGCGAUCAGCUAUCUCAAAGAGGAUAUGGAUCCAGACAUGGCUUUUUGUGCUGCCCUAAGAAAACGCGGUAUCAUGAUGCACGUUAGCAACGAACAGGAUUUUGGACACCUCAUAAAUCCUGAUAAUUUCGACCUCAGCCGUAAACACCCGGACAUUUACCAAGUCAUGGACAAUAAAAUCGAAUGGGAAAACCGAUACCUUAGCCCGGAAUACGCUGAAAAUUAUGCUGAAGGUCGUAAACACUUAAUGCCUUGUCCUGAUGUUUACUGGUUCCCCAUACUGUCGCCUCGUUUCUGCUCCGAAUGGAUUGAAGUAAUGGAGAAUUUUGGACAAUGGAGCGAUGGGUCUAACCAGGAUAACCGUCUCGAAGGUGGCUAUGAGGCGGUUCCCACCCGCGACAUUCACAUGAAACAAGUCGGCUUGGAUCAUCAAUGGCUAUACAUCCUCAAGGAAUACGUCCGUCCACUUCAAGAGAUGGUCUUCACGGGAUACUAUCACAAUCCGCCAGUGUCUCUCAUGAACUUCGUAGUACGUUAUCGUCCCAACGAGCAACCUUCUCUUCGUCCUCACCACGACUCUUCCACCUACACGAUCAACAUCGCUCUCAACACACCCAAUGUCGACUUUGAAGGUGGCGGUUGUAACUUUAUUCGCUACAAUUGCUCCGUCAGGGAUACUAAGUUAGGCUGGAUGUUAAUGCAUCCAGGGCGUUUGACUCAUUUCCACGAGGGCCUCCGCGUCACGAAGGGCACGAGAUAUAUUAUGAUCUCCUUCGUCGACCCGUAGACUUAGCCACGGUGUUAGUAGGAGUAGAAAAGUAUUUGGAAGUAAAAACACCCACCCCCCCUACCUUCCUCCCUUUCUUCUCUUAUGAACAAAUACAAGAGCUUCGCAUAACUUAGUAAUACUGAUCAAAUUAUUAAACAAUUCUGUAACUGUACUGUAAGUGAUUACUGUAAGUGAUUUUUUUAUUCUACUUUUUUAUAGUAUUUUAUUGUACUAAUGUUUUUUUUUUUGUUAUAACUAUGUCGAUAUUAUUUUAUGCUGUUCUUAUUCCAUACUGCUUCCAAAGUAGAUAUGUAAAAUUGUAUUUCUCGAAUAUUUAAUAUAUACACCGUUGCAUUAUUUAGCAUAAGUUUAUUAAUAAUAAAUUAAUAAGUUUUAUUAGUUACAAUAGUGUAUAAUUUAGGCUGAUUCAAAAAAUCGACUUUUUUUAAAGCCCACAUCAAAAUGUCUUCAGAAUACCGAAAAAAGACGCCUGUGAAAAGUUGAACUCUUAAUUUUAAUAUUAAGAGCGCCUCGAAGAAUUCUAUUUUCAUAUUUCAAUUUCAGGCGAAUUCAUUAAAGGUGAUAUAAAAUAAAAUAAAAAUAGCCAUUUAAAAAACCAAAAUUACUAGAUUUAAUAAUAUUAAUUAAAAAACAUUUUUCGAUACUUUGAAGAUAUUACGGUGCAGGAUUUCAAAAAAAAAAAAUAGUCGAUUUUUUGAAUUAGCCUAUAUUUUAUACGUAAUAAAUUUUAAUUAUCUCUAAUUAUAUUGAUUUUGUACUUUUCUAAACUGACGAUUUCCGUUUUAAUUUAAACAGGUUAACCAAAGAUUUUGAAUUAAUUGGGAGUAGUGAGUAGACGAUUAAAUAAAUACACAAACA